CUGGACCUUACUUGGUGGAUGCUGAACAUGUCUCUUCAAGUGAGACAGACUUUCACUCUGAGACUUCAUCCGACUGAGGACUGAAAGCUCUGCAGACGAUCUGUAACGUUCAAAACACGAGAGCAGGAACUUUUAGAGUUCAUGAACCCUCAGCGCUGAGACAUUUAAACCGUCAGGAUGAAGAGUCGUGGAAACGCUCUCUGCUCCUCUCAUCCUCCACCCGGAGAUCCUCACAGCGCCCCCUGCAGGAGACUCCGAUCCACCAAAGGAGCCUCUAAAGCCCGGCGGGACCACAUCAACCACGAGAUCAGGAACAUGCGGGCUCUGCUGCCCGUCAGCCGGGACGACCAGGAGAGGCUGUCCUACCUGCACUCCAUGGCCGCCAUCUGCACCUUCAUCAGGAAGACCGUCCUCCUGCGGGGACUCCCGGCUGCAGAGAGAUCAGACCGCCCCCCUCCAUACGAGGCCUUCCUCCCCGCACUGCACGGCUUCAUCCUGGUCACCACGGCUCAGGGGAGGCUUGUCUACGUGUCUGAAAACGUGUCCGAGUAUCUGGGUUUCUCCAUGCUGGAUGUUCUGCAAGGAGACUCCGUGUACGACAUGUUGGAGCGCUCUGACGUGGACGCUGUUAAAUCUCACCUGGACACUGAACACGACUCAUCAUCAGAGCGGAGCUUCGUCUGUCGAAUGCAAUCCUCCAAAGCCUUCAGGCUGCAGUACGGCGGCGGCUGCUGCUCCAUCCUGGUCCGAGGGAGGUACCGCUCUUUUCCUCACCCUCUCCUCCCCUCCUCAUCCUCCUCUUCGCCUCUGUUCGUCGCUCUCUGCAGCCCCACCGUCGACCGCCUGCAGAGCUCAGACUCACCUUCCUGUCUCAGCUUCCACAGCAUGCACGGCCUGGACAUGAGCUUCACUCAGACGUCACACAGUGUUGAACACGUCUGGGGUUACUCUGCAGACGAGCUGAUCGGUCGGUCGUGGUACGGUCUGAUCCACCCUGAAGAUCUCUCUGCGUGUGCAGCCGCUCACACGAGUCUAUUGCAGGCAGACGAAGGCUCCCGGGUAGAGAUGGUGCUCAGACUCCAGUGCAAAGAUCUGUCAUGGACCUGGAUCUACACUCAAGCUAACAAGCUGUGUGAGCUGCAGGGUGUGAGCUGCACAAACUUCACCAUCAGUGAAACCGAGGCCAGGUUUCUGCAGACCACGAUCAGCGGCGAGGCCUUCAAACCGUCAGCAUCCUGCCACCUUCACGCUCAGCAGCCGCCGCCGCAGACUCAGAGUGCUAAGUGUGUUAAAAGGCGGAGGACGUCUGACAGUCAGAGCGAGGACCAGAGCGGCCGAGCCAGAGACGUGUACUUCAUGGCGUCCGGCUGCUCCAGAGGCGACACCUCACCUGUUCCCUUAGGUGACAGCCUGGCUCUCUUCACUCCUCCCUACAGCCCCGCCUCCUCCUCCUCUUCAUCCGGCUCGCCGCUGCAGCACGAGGAGCUGAGCCAUGACCUCCUGAUGGAUGUGCACGGGUACACGAUGCUGUCCUCCCCUGAGACCUGCUUCCCUGAGGCGGUCCUCACCUGUCACCUGUCGCCCUCCAUUCCGCCGCCUGCAGCUGAACAACCAUUAGAGCCGACAGCCUUCAUCCGCCUCCCCGCUCGCUCUCCUCUCUCCUCUUCAUCAGCGGCGUUUGAGUUCCCAGCCUCAGACGUGCGGCUGGUUCCUGGCAGUCUGUCUCUGUCCGAUCUGUGUGAGAGCUCAGCAGACUGCGCUCUGCAUCAGGACGACCUCAGCCUCCUCCAGCAGCCACCAGGGGGCGUGCUCCUGCACACGCAGCAUGUUCCUCACCACGUGCUGCCCCUUCAUGCAAACCUCCUCACCCCCAACCAGUCUCCACCCUCCACAGAGUCCGACUACAGCGAGAGGGAGCAGGAGGAGAUCAGCAUCCUGGCUCAGCAGAUCUCCUCUCUGGCCAGCAGCUUCAACUCGUAUCACUCCCUGAGCCCACGUCAGAACGUGAUCCAACCUGCUCCCUCUAACACCUCCACCUGUGACUGGCCUCCUCUCCCUCUGAAGCGUGAGCAGGUCCUGGAGGACAGCGUGUUCGAGAGCCUCCUUAAAGACCUGGAUAUGGUGACAUCCGUGAAAAGCAACGUGUCCCACUCGGGUUUCGUGUCUCACAGUUACCAGCCGGGUUUGUGCAGCAGGAGCCGCAUCGGGUCCCUGCAGCUGCAGGAGGAGGAGCUCCUCGGCGUCCCCUUGGCUCUGCAGGAGGAGCUGCUGCCCGCUGAGACGUACGUGGAUCCCUUCAGUGUGCAGCUGGGACGCCACGAACAAAACUCUGAGUUGCAUCAACUCAACCAGUACAUGCAGAGAGUCCUUCAGCAAGACGCCCUCUCUGAAGAGAACCUGUACUGAAAUAAGUCUGUGACUUACUGAUCCUCGUCCCGUAUGACAUAUUGUCAGAGAAACCUUCCUCCAGUGGAUCUGCAGACGUUUAAAGGAUGUCUCCAUGUGUCCUCGACUCGAUUCAGAGACCUUAAAGUGGAUCACGUUCUGGUCUCGCUGCGGUCUGGAUUUCUGCUGAGGUGUUAUUUUUUAUGAGAGCGGUACUUUAAGAAUAGUUUCUGUCCACACAGACUGAAACUCUAUUUUCUUAUAACACAGUUUACUGCGGAGCACUUUAUCAACGUCACUGCCAGAGGAGUCUGUAAUGGACUCAGAGCUACCUGAAGAACACGUGGAUCAUUCCUCCGACCUGAGAGACGUUUACCUUCUGUGCCUUUAAAACACGAAGAGAGGAAGUUCUUCUGUUUCAUCAGUUUGUGUUUAAUCUUUUUUACUGCAGGAAACUUUAACUGAGAGAUAAACUGAUGUGACAACUAUCUACCUCAGUGGUACAUUAAAUACAUUCCAAUAUUUAAAAUCACUUCAUCGUCUUAAAAACGUCUUUAAGUCGAUUUAGUCUUUGUUUUUUUUACGGUACAGGAACGCUACACGUCUGAAUGUUCAAUGUUAAUGUGAUUUAUGAAUA